AUGUCUCUAACCAACGUUUACCACCUGCGGCGAGUCGCAGACACAUCUGCCAAAUCAUGCUUAAUCUGCUACAAGCCAUCAACGAGCGUGUUAAUCACGCCGGACAAUAAGGAUUUCUUCUACGUGUGCCCCGCACACCUGCAAGACCGCCACUUCUGCUCCCCCAUCGUUGACACAGAGGCCGACGCAAAACGCCAAAAAGAAGAGGCAAUGGCUAAAGAAAUUGAAAAGGUCAAACAAGAGUACGAAGAGAAACAGAAACGAAAGAAAGAGAAAGCCAAAGAGUCUAGCAAGGACGAGAAAGACAAAGACAAAGAAAAGGAUAACUCCAAAGAUAAAGAUAAAGCGGAUUCGGACUCAAAAGCCAAUGAUGAAAAAGAAAGAGAUGAGAAGAUUGAAUCGAUUAAAACUGGCACUGAUACGAAGACGGACAAUGGGUCCCGAAUAUUUGCGUUACAUAAAACUUUCCAUCAAAUGCGCAUCGACCGGCUGCGUGGUAUCGAAAGGGCCAAGAAAAACCAGGAAAGGAUGAAGAACCCGUCUUUGUUUCCAUCGGUCCCGACCCGUGAUCUUUAG